AUGAUGCUCACCAAGCCCACACCCGAAGAAUGCGUCAGCAUUCGCGAAGAAUUGCGUGAACCCGAAAACCAAGAAGAAGUUGAAAGUGACAUUAAAUUGAUCCGUGAAUGGCUCGACAGCCAACCCCAUUUGCCCAAGGACAUGGACGAUGUUCGUCUAACCAAUUUCUUGCGAGGCUACAAAUUCAUUUUGGAAAAGGUCAAGAAGAAGUUGGACAUGUACUAUAGCAUGCGUACUGCCAUUCCGGAGUUCUUUAGUGAACGUGAUAUUGCCCGUGAAGAAUUGAAUCUGGUCUUGGAAUAUGCGUACUGCCCGGUGAUCACUCUGACUUCCAAUGGCCGCCGCAUCAAUUUCAUUUGCGGUGUCGAUUGUGAUUUCCAAGCCAGCCAAUUCAACGAUGCCAUGAAGGUCACCAUGAUGUUGGGCGAUGUUCGUCUGGCCGAAGAGUGUGUCGGCAUUGCCAGUGAUAUUUUCGUUUUGGAUGCUGCCAUUGCCACCACCUCUCAUUUUGCCAAAUUCUCGCCUAACGUCAUUAAGAAGUUCUUCAUUUGUGUUCAAGAAGCCUAUCCCGUUAAGGUCAAGGAAGUCCGUUUCUUCAAUACCUCACCCUUAGUAGAUACCAUCUUCAAAUUCAUCAAGCCCUUCGUCAAGGAGAAGUUGCUCAGCCGUGUCCACUUCCAUCCUGACUUGGAAAGCCUGUACAAGAGCGUGCCAAAGGAUAUCUUGCCCGAAGAAUAUGGUGGCAUGGCUGGUAAGAUUAACGAUUUUAUUAGCCAAUGGAAUGCCAAGUUGACCGAUUACACUCCCUGGUUCAAGGAACAAGAAUCCAAGAAAUCCAAUGAGUCCCUACGUCUCGGCUCACCCAAGACCAGUGAUAAUCUCUUCGACAUGGAGGGCACCUUCAGACAAUUGAAUAUCAAUUAA